AUGAGCGGCGGCAGCGGCGACUCCUCCGCCGACCCCUCGAUCGUUGUAGUGGAGGCGGCGCUUAACGAGUCGCUGGGGAACCGUCGCGGCGGCGGCGGCUGGCAGCUGACAGGCGGAGAAGAAGAGGCGCGGCACCAGCCGCCAUCGUCGUCGCUGCCACUCCCUCCGCUCGCCCGCGGCCGCACCGCCAGGCGCAGCAGCCCCAGCCUCUCGACGAUAGAAGCGGAGGGGGAGGACGCGGGGGGCGGACGCGCCGCCGACGACAGCCACGACGGGGUGGAUGCAAGCGAGGGGGAGGACGAGGAUGACAUGGCGGAGCGUGUGCUUGCGGCCCUGCAGGAGAAGGACAGGAUGCUGGAGGAACAGGCCCGCCAGCUGCGGCGCCACGCGGCGGAGGCGAGGCAGCAGCGCCGGGAGUUAGACGAGCUGCGGGAGGAAAAGCGGCUGCUGACGCAGCAGUUGCGCAGCUUCCUGGGCGGCGCCACAACCAUUCCCACUGCGACGGAAGCGGGGGCCGAGCGGGACACGCGGGAGUCGUCGGAUUCGUCGAUGCUGCUUCAGCGCGUGGACGCGCAGCUGCAGGGCGAGAGGGCGGAGCGGCAGCAGGAUGCGAAGCUCUUCAUGGAGCACAUUGAUCAACUCACGGCGCAACUGGCGCAGGCGCAGCGAGAGGCGACGGCGCGUGAGACAAGGCACGCGCAGGACCUUGAUGCCAUUCAGCGUGAAAUGCAGGAGUUCUCCACACUUGUGGAGGAGUUGCACGCGACGAAGGCGACGCUGAGUCGCACGCAGGAGCAGCUCACAAAGACAAAUGAGGCGAUGGCGCAAUGUCAGCUGGAACGCGAUCGCGUUGUGCGGACGCUGCAGGACGCGCUGCGCCGCGAAGGGUCUGAGCACCAGCGGGCGCGUGCGGAGGCGCAGGCGUCCCGGCGCGAGGCCGCCGCGGCGAAGGCGAAUUGUCGUCGCGCGGAGGCAGCUCAUUUGCAAUCCACGGAAGAGGUGCGGACGCUGCGAAUAGAUAUGCAGCGGCUGGUGGACGAGACGGCGGCGCUCACGCUGCGGGCGGAAUCGGCGGAGCAGCAGCUGCAGCGUUCCCAGAAGCAGCACGCGGAGGGGCAGGCGGCGGCGGCGGCGGCGCAUCAGCAGCUCCAGGCGGAGUUGGAUGCGAAGUCGCGAGAGGUGGCGCAGCUGCGCUCCACGCGCGACGCCCAGUCGUACUUGCUGGCGGAGGAGGAUAAGCGGCAGGCCUCGUUUCGGGAGGAGGUGCAGGAGUGCGUGCACAGCACCCAGCAGCUGGAGGAGGCCUUCCUGCGGUGCGAGCAGCGGCGGCGCGAGGCGGAGGAGCGCGAGACACGCGCAGCCGCCGAACGCGACGCCCUCCGCACGCAGCUGCAGCGCCUCACCUCCGGCAGCCGACAGGAGCUGUUGGAGCAGCAGCAGCUCGCGGAAGAAAUGCGUGGGUUUCAUCAGGCGAAGCUGCAGCAGUUGCAGCAGGCAGCGGAGCACCAGCGACGACGGGCGGAGCGGCUAGAGGAGGCGAGCGCGGGGGCCAUGCGAGAGUGCCGCACGCUGCAGUCGUCUCUUGCAGGCGUGCAGCAGCAGCUGGAGGCGGCCUCAGGGGAGCUGCAGGAGCUGCGGCAGCAGCGCCUCUCACUCGCGGCGCUGCUUGCCGAGUCUCAGGAGGCCCAGAACGCGUGUGCCGCGCGCGAGCAGCACGCCGUCGCGCAGUUGGAGGCGGUGCAAGGACGACUGAAGCAGCGCGAGGGGGCGUGGCGGGGGCUGCGGGCCAAAGUCCAGAGGCUCGAGGAGCGUGAGCAGCGACGGCAGCUCGCCGCGGCGGCCGACUCGCUGCUCCGCGCGCGGCAGGGCCGCCACCCUCCACAGCCGCAGCGUGUGCGGCAGUCGCCGCCGCCGCCGCCGCCGUGCGUGCGCGACGCGGUCCCCGCGGCUGGCGUCGGUGCGGCUCCGCUGGGGGUUGCAGCGGUGGAUGUCGACACGACGGUCUCCACAAAAACCUCGUCGUCCGCGACGGUGCCCCCGGCAUCGCCGCAGCUGCUGGGCGGGCUCCAGCUGGAGGCUUGGCGGGCCAAGCUGUGGGCCCUGGAGUCCCGCAACGCCAGCCUGGAGCAGCAGCUGGGGUCGCGGCAGAACGGCUACCGCGCGCUCUUGGAGGACCGCAAGGCGCAGCAGCAGCAGAUGCGCGCCCUGCAGGAGAUGGCGCAGCAGCAGAUGGGUGCGCUCGAACGACAGCACCGCGACGCCGUCAAACACCUUGAGGAGGCGCACCGGCGCCGCACAGUUGCCGCCUGCCGUGAGGCGGCGUCAGCGUUGGCCGCCCGCGAGUCCUGCCGCCGAUCCGGGAUUGCGCGGGUGGUGUCGGAGUUGAUGUGGUUUAUUCGGGCACUUGAGCGGCAUGCGGCGUGGGCGGCGCGUCACCGCGCAAUCCCGCCGGGGGCGCCAGUCCAACUGCCUCAAGACGAGAAGGAAAGCGUGCUGCGGGCCGCGUGCGACGACAUCGCGCGUAACUGUCUCGGGGUGGAGGGCGGAUGGGCGGCGCUGCUGCACCCCGCCUCGCGCGCAACUUGCGGCCGUGUGAGGCUUGGCGGAAAAGCCGCCGCGCUGACCGCCGCCAUGCGACGCCGCAUUCGGUGCUUUCUAUUCGACUACUUGCAGGCCCAACUCCUCAGCAGGCCGGCAGAGGCAGCAGCGGCAGCCCUUCCGGUGCUCCGACGGCACGCGGGUGGCAAGAAGGGUUUGAACGUCAGCUUUGCCGCCUCCAGCGAUGGCGGCAGCGGCGGCGGCGACGACGACGACGACGACGACGACGAGGAACCCACGGAGGGGGACGCACGGCCUCUCGUAGAGCUCUUGAUGGAGUGCGUUGAGUGCGUGUACGGUGGCGGCGCGCUCUAG